AUGAGUGGACGUGUGCAAAAAGAAAGUGGCGAUGAUUCUGAUCGUAUUGAUGAUGCAGUGGAUCCUAGAGUUCAGGUAAAGCAAUGCAUUCUUCUGGGAAUAAUUUAUAAGCUUUAAAACCUAGAUACUUGUGAUAUUGACAUUUCCACGUUGCUUUAAGAAGAAAAAAAACUUAAUUAGAUCUAAUUUUUAGCGAUACCCUGGUUUAGCCAACCUUAAUUAUUCAGAUUCUUCACAUUGUUGGAUUUAUUACGAAAAGUUCGAGCCUUCUAUAAAUAUAAGUUUUCUUUAUGAUAUUAUAAAAUACUCUAUAUUUGUUUCAUUCUUUUUCUUUUCGAUUAAUCACUUGCCGCAUUUACUUUAUUAAAUCAAUCUGCAAAUCAAGAGAUGUACUUUAAUGAUAUUUUAUUACAUAUUUUUAAAUACUAUUAUUUAUUUUUAUAAAUUUUUAUAAAAUGUUGCAUUUAAUCUUUUUAUAAAUAAUUAUCGUUUUAGAUUGAACUUGAAAGGUUAAAUACUGCUACUGAUGAUAUCAACAAACUUGAAGUUGAUUUGGAUGUAAGUAUAAUAUGAAUAAUUCAUGUUUUGUGUUUCUUAUACAAACAAUUUUUGAUUGUACAACGAAUUAAAAUAACUAUUUGCCUUCUUGGGGGAUCAAAUUAGUAGUAAGUCUUGAAACUGGUUGUGAUUACAUUUCAUUGAGGUGAUUGCUAUGAAGCGUACGAGUAAAUGGAUAAUGGCUUCAAAGAUCAUCUUUUAGUCAUUUACAACAUGGUCUAAAGAAACACUUUAUGACUUGAAACCUCAUUCCUACCCAAUUUAUCAAAGUGAAUUAAGAUGUACAAAAACAUGAUUAUAUUUCAGCCACUGAUUAUUCAAUGAACUUUUAUUUUCAGGAAGCAAGAGCAACUUUUAGAGAAUUACUUUGUGAAUCUACAUUAAAAAUUGAUAGCUUAGCUAAAAAGCUUGGUACAUGCAUAGAAAAAUCUAGACCAUAUUAUGAUGCCAGAUUUAAAGCAAAAGAAGCUUUACAUGAAACACAAAAGGCUGCAAUUAGAUUUGAAAGAGCAAAUAGUCAACAUGCAGCAGCAAAAGAGAUGGUUUACCUAGCUGAAGAAGGAUUAAGAACAGAGGGAAGAUGUUUUGAUCAUGCUUGGCAGGAGAUGUUAAAUCAUGCAACUGCCAGAGUUAAUGAAUCUGAACAUGAAAGAGCUUUAUCAGAAGCAGAACAUAGACAUACUACUGCUCUAUAUCAUAAAGCAGAACAUGAAGUUCAAAGAUUGCAACGUGAACUAAAACGUGCAAUUGCUAAAUCUAGGUGUAUAUUAGAAUAUUUAUGUCUUUUGGUUUAUAUUCAUGUUGGCAGUAUGGGUGCACGUCGCAGCUUGCUUCUGAUAAACAGUAUCGCCUACAGGCACAACUUGCUCAUGUUACCAUAUUAUGAAAUGAAAGCGCAUUUUAAUCAAAUGCUGGAAGAGCAAAAGCUAAGAGUAAGUGCAUUAGAAAGAUCAGUGGGUGAAGCUAAAAUGACUUAUGCUGAAGCAUUGAGAAAUUUAGAAAAAAUCAGUGAUGAAAUCCACAGGACUAGAAAGUAUGAUGGAGUGGAUGAUUUUGAUAAAUCUCGGGAUACCAUUGACCAACCUUCUCUACAACCAAAUGCAGGAACUCCGACUGAUUCUAGUGUUACUGGAUCACCUGACAGUACAGAUUAUACCAGUGACGAAUACUUACGCCUUCCUGAUAAGCUGAGUCCUAGUACACAAUGUCCUGUCCCUGCAAGAAUCAAUAGAGAACCUUCUUCCGAAUAUUUGGGCCUAAGUAACUUGAAUCUUUCAUCGACAGAACCGCGGAAAUAUAUAAAGCGAGACCGUCCAAAAAGCAUUGCAGCAACUGAUACAAAACAUAUCAUAACACUAAAUCAAACAAGCUCUUCAACCUCACGAUUGUCAGACUUAUCGAAUAUUCUUUCUCCAAUAGAGAAACGAGUGAAAAUACAAACACCGGUAGAUUCAAAGAACACUAAUACCACUGUACAAAAUGGAGAAGAAUGGACAGAAAUUAGCUUAAAUAAUUCUCCAGAUGAAGUAUAUUACAAUAAUGAAGUAUACUCGGACGAAGAAGAUCAAAUUCCUUAUAAGCCGUUACCAAUGGAUUUAAGUCCUGAAAGUAACAAUCCACCUACCAACGGUGCAAAUAUUCAAUUAUUCAAUGAAACAGCUAGUCAAAAAAAAUUAGUAACACAAAAGUCAUUACCUACUAUGCCGAAAGGAAACGAAGUUAGUUUAAGCAGUGAAAAAAAAGCGGAAGUAACGAGGAGUCCAUCAGUAAAAAGUAAAAGCAAACUCGAUAGUAGUUUAGCUAAUUGGAUAACCAGAAGUUCAGCUGGCGGUGAAGCUAGUGGAGGCAGUUCAACAAGCUCGAGUAGAAGACAGUCUCUUGAUAUGUUAUGGAGCGCUGGCACGGGAGAACGGGUAAAAGAAUUCCUUAAUCACGGAAUGAUGAUGUUGAACAUAUCUAGCCUUACAGAACGACGUUCUAACGAACCAAAGAUAACAGAGAAAGACAAGGAAAAAUGUGAGAAGUUUGAGAAAAUAGAAGGAAAAGGAAAGAAAGUUCCUAGUCCGUUAGAAAAAACAAUGACCUAUCUUAAUGCCGACGAAGAAACAUCCGAUAGUGAAAGCUUAGCAAGUGUGGAAAUGUUAACUGAGGAUCAGAUUUCUUCGCUCAUGAUGGAACCUGACAUGAAUCAAGUAUGUCAAGAAAUUUUAGGGACACCUUUAGUUGAAGUAUGUCCAUUAUUACAACAAUUGCAACAACAACAAUAG